AUGCGUCAAGAUAAGCUUACUUGCCUUUCGCAUACAUUCGAACCAACUCUAAAGCAUGCUUCCUCCCCCCCACAACCCCCCAUGGGACGUCAAAUUCAGCAACGAGAAGAAGGAAGGAAGGAUUCAUGGGCAUGGUACAUGCAAAGGAUCUUUGGGUCUAGCCAGAGUAACGUCCCAAUAGGUCCUGUUCAUAUAACCAUCUUAGUAGGUUGA